CGACCACGGACCAACGUUCACAUACUCGCACAGUCGAAAUCACGAAAACGAGCGAGAAGUUGGCGGUGUGCGGCGGUGCGCUUGCUUUCGAUUUUCAUUUGUUGAACGCGCUGCUUUGACAGCAUGUCAUAAUAUCAAAAACGCCGAAUUAUCGACAUAUUAUCGAUUUACAUCGACGAAAAAGCGCGCUAAUAUGGACAUCACUCGUACAGGGCCGGGUAUUCGUAGAUUUUUUCAAAUUAUAGACGCGCGUACGGUCGUGGUCGCGUAAAAGUUCGAUUUUUAUGAGGAAUAGAGUGUAUGCGCCCGUACCUGCUGUGAUAAAAUUGUUUAUUUUAAGCUGGAUUUACGACUUUAAAUAAGGAUUUAGUUAGAAUAUUUAUUACACGAUGAAGGGUGUUUUAAGACUGAAUAAUUUCCAAAUAGCCCUAAACGACUUCAUAGCACCGCUGCAAUUGACUUUGGCCAUUUUAGUACUGGUAUCACCGUCGAGGACUGCCAAUUUACCGUCAGAUAUAGUGAGAAAUGAAGCUCAAGAUUCUACGGAUACGUUCGACGCUGAUGUACGGGUAGACUGCAACAGUGACGAAAUAGUGGUCAAUAUUGGUACCAAAUCUGGCAGAUUUAAUGGCAUGAUUUAUCCAAGAGGAUUAUCGAAAAGUACUCACUGUCUAAGCGAAUGGAUCCAGCGAAAAUCGCCAAUAACGUACACUCUGCCUCUUCGAGGAUGUAACACAAUGAGCACUGAGCUGGAUGACGGCGGCAUUGAAUAUUUCAAUACAAUAGUCGUUCAGCCCCAUCUGAAAUUAGUCACAAAUCAAGGCAAAGGAUUUCAUAUCAGAUGCCGUUACGCGACCAGGAAUAAUUCAGCCUACAAUGAGGCUCUAAAAAUGGAUCCAACCAAUUCACCUUCGAACCCUGUAACGGCAAUGGCUACCAUGCCCGGGUGCAGCAUGAAGAUUUAUUCCGGAGAACCAUCCGAUCAUUUGGUGGCAGAAAACGUAAAGAUCGGAGAUCCUCUGAGCUUGGUCGUGGCCAUAGACGAGCAGGAUUUGUAUGGAAUACGGGUUACAGAUUGUGUAGUAAAAGAUGGUCUGGGAUGGGGCGAACAAAAACUGAUCGACUCAGAUGGCUGUCCAACCGAUCCAGAAAUAAUGGGGAUGUUCCAGUAUUCUGGUGAUUCCAAUAAAGCAGAAGUUCAGUUCAAGGCUCACAAAUUUCCGUAUAUCGCAUCGGUUUACUACCAGUGCAACGUGAAACUUUGCCUCAGGGUAGAAGAUGGAUGUAAUAUGUCGCCCCCCAACUGCAACGACAUCCCCGGCUCCAGAAACAGGAGGCAGGCCGUGGCCCCCGAUCAGUCCGAAGGCACCCCGGCCACCAUCGAGGUGUACAGCGGCCUCUACGUCAACGAAGCUAACGACCUCGCCAAAGCCAACCAGGACGACGAUUCGGUCUUCAGCGUCAAGAAUCCUGAAGAUGCUAUUUGCAUAUCCCAAAGAAGCUUUGCAAUUGGAAUAUGCGUAGCUGGUCUGAUUUUAAUGUUGUGCGUCCUAGCAGCAAUUUUGUGUCUUUUGGCGAGAAGAAGAAAGAAGUCAAUAUCAAAUCCCGGAAGUUCUAUUUACAGUGGACCGUAUACCAACACCGCUUACAGCCACAGUAGUUGAAAACUUUCAGCAAAAGAAAAUUUUAUUAAACUGAUUCAUCUGUUCUUUGUUCUUUAUACUUCAGUUUAUCUUGCCAAUAAACAAAGAAAAUAUUUAUGUCUUCGUGUAAAUAAAUGGCAAUGUAUUUGGACCAUUUUUCAGCCAUCUAUUUAAAAAUGAAAAAUUAUUUUAAAUUCUAUUGAUUGAUGAACCACCUAUAUUUUUAUUUAAGCGAGGUCUACAAAAGGACAAAAACUAUAAAACCCCCAUGUGCCAUUUCAGGCUUCUUCAGUGCUCAUAUUCCUAGAUUUAAAUGUAGUUAACUAGAUUUGUCUGCAGUACUUCUAUUAAAUCUCUGAUAAUUUAUAAAAUUAAAUUGAUCUAGUUUCACUCUCACACUGCCUUAUAGUUAGGCAAAUCUUUAUAAUGUCAGAGACAACUGCUUUAGUAAUUGUCUCUGAUAAUGUAUUGCAGAUCUCUUAAAAAUUCUUAGCAUAUCAUUUAGCAGUAAUAACAAUGGGGAAGGUGAUGGGAUAUUUAUAAAGAAUAUGUAACUUUAAUUCAUAUAUCUGUGAUACUAAGGCAGAAUCCAAUAUGUCAAAUGUAAAAUAAUGUUGACAUAUCGGGUUCUGUCUUACAUCACAGAUAUACAACACAAAAAUACUUAACAACUUCUUCCUAAAACUAACGGUAGUUUCAGUGAAGAUACAGAAAGUAUUUUUGUGUUGUUAUUCAUUAAAUUAAUUACAAAUGCAUAAAAUAUACACGUAUUUUGUUGGUAUAUUUCUAAAAAUAUUUUUUAAAACAGCUAAGAAUAUUGAACUUGUGCAUUUGUGAUUUUGAAUCACAGUAACAUUAAAACGAAUCAAUGUAAAUAUUUAGUUAAUGAUACUCUGGUUCUUAAUCAAUAAAAAAAGAAAAAUGA